AUGAAAAUUGAUAGAGUGUUGGUGAAUAGUGAAUGGUUGAAUAGUUUUGACAAAUCUGUUGUAGUCUUUCUUCUUCAUGAGGGGACUAUGGAUCAUAGUCCUUGUUGCAUGAAUAUUUUUGGUUUGAAUGAAAGGGCUGUUAAACCUUUCAAAUUUUUUAACCAUUGGACUUCUGCUCCUGGGUUUCUGAUGCUUGUUCAACAGGAGUGGGACUUUGAGGUUCGAGGUACAGCUAUGUUCAGGGUGGUUAAGAUGUUACAAGCUGUCAAAAAAGCCAUUAAAGAUAAAAAUCUGGGCUCUCUGUCCACUAUUGAAGCUGCUGAUGUUGAAGCUUAUGUGAACUUGAUGAAUGUGCAGAAAAAGAUGAAUUUAGACCCUUGCAAUGGGGACCUGAUUAGUGAAGAGAAUCAUGCUAGAAUUGUGUUUCAGAAGGCCCAUUUUGCAAAAUAUUCUUUUCUGAAACAAAAAGCAAAAUUGCACUGGCUUAAGGAGGGGGAUUUGAACACUUGUUUCUUUCAUGCCUAUAUUCAAAAGAGAAAGGUUCAGAACAGGAUCUGCAGUGUGAUUCAAGAUGGUCAGGUGAUUCAGAAGCCUAGUGAGGUGAUUAAUGCUUUUGUUGGCUACUAUCAGAAUAUGCUGGGUUCAAAUUGCAAUCCUGAGAGAUUUUUUCAUGAUGCUAUUAUUGCGGUUGGGAGGACUCUUUCUCAAGAGCAAAGAGUUGAGAUGUGUCUUCCUUUUACUGAGGCUGAUGUGAAAGAUGAUCUUUGGAGCAUUGAGGAUGAUAAAGCUCCUGGACCAGAUGGGUUCUCUAGUAAGUUUUAUAAAGCUUCAUGGGACAUUGUGAAAAAUGAUUUAUAUGAAGUUGUGUUAUCCUUUUUUUUAUCAUGGAUGUCUCCUUAA